AUGGAAAACUACGAAAAUCUUGGUGUCCUUGGCGAGGGUGCCUAUGGUGUCGUGAUGAAGUGUAGACAUAAAGAAACGGGUCAGAUCGUUGCUAUAAAAAAGUUUAAGGAAUCGGACGAAGAUGAACAAGUAAAAAAGACGGCCCUCAGAGAAAUUCGAAUAUUGAAGGUAGGUGAUGGAAAAGUAUGGAAAUGUAUCAACAUGUAUUAUUUAAUGAAGCAAUUGAGACAUGAAAAUAUUGUAAAUUUACUGGAUGUAUUUCGGAGGAAAGGCAAAUUAUAUCUUGUAUUUGAAUAUAUUGAAUCAACAAUACUUGGAAAACUAGAAGAAAAAUAUCCAUACGGACUUGACGAGGAUAUGACAAAAAAGUAUUUGUAUCAAAUUUUGAAAGGGGUGGAAUAUUGUCACUCUCAAAAUAUCAUUCAUAGAGACUUAAAACCAGAGAAUUUACUUGUUUCAAAAAGUGGAGUUUUAAAAAUUGCAGAUUUCGGUUUUGCAAGAACUUUGGAAGGAACGGGAGCCAAAUAUACAGAUUAUGUUUCCACUCGGUGGUACCGCGCACCAGAGUUAGUUGUGGGUGAUCGAGAGUAUGGAAAAGCAGUGGAUAUUUGGGCCAUAGGAUGCAUGCUUUGGGAACUUCUCGAAGGUCAACCUUUGUUUCCAGGAGAUUCUGACAUUGAUCAACUUUCAAGGAUAAUUAAUUGCUUUGGAAAAUUAUCGGAACACCAGAUUGAGGUUUAUAAUAAUAACCCGUUGUACAGAGAUGUGGAAUUGCCAAAACCAUCCUCUGAUGGUAUUGUUUCAUUAGAUGGUAGAUACAAAACAAACAUUUCAAAAGAAGCUCUUUCCUUCAUCAAAGCGUGUCUCAACGUAGAUCCAAGCAAAAGAGGAACAUAUGAGGAUUUACUGAACCAUGUAUAUUUAAAGGGUUAUCAGGAAUGGUAUGAAAAUGAAUUUCCAAAACUACUUGACCAUGAUAAUAUUUCAUUAAGCUCCUGGAAGAAAUCGAAAAAGGAAAGAAUGGAAAGAAAACCCUCUGUGGUUGCAGUUGAUGACGAAAAGAUUAUCAAAACAAAGAAAACUCUGAAAAAAGAGGACGGGAUUGAACUUCAAGAUCAUCAUGAACAACUUCCUGAUAUAACAGGUCUAAAAGCAAGAGGUCUCGUUGGUCUCCCUUACUUAUCAGAUUGUAAAAAAGAUGUGACAAACCCUGAAGAAGAGACACCCCCAAGAUCACAAUCACCAACACAGUUUCUUCCAGAGCUCCAUGACCCCAAAAGUAGCUCCAAACCUAAAAAGAAGAACCGAAAAAAGAAGCAACCGAAACCCAUGCAUGUCCAAACACCCAUCACUCCAAAACGACCACCAACCAAUCAAUCGAGUAUUUAUGAAGAUUUAAUGUUCAACGGAACCACAAGAGAAAAGAAUGAUCUGCUUGGGUCUUUUUCGAAAUACAACUCCACUGCAAGGAAAUUCCACAAAUAG